AUGUCUAUACGUAUAUUUGGUGUUGGUCCUGGUGUUAUUGUCGUGAUACUUAUAUGGAUUUUUAAUAUUGUUUUAUGCAUUGUGUGUAUACGGUUACGAAGAACUUUUUUAGCGAUCACUGCUUUGGUUAUUGAAGUUAUCAUUACACUAAUUGUAAUAUCUUGGCCUUUGGCUGCGCCUACAACGAUUUCUGAAGAAGUUGAAGUUCUCGUAGAUUAUGUUGGUAUUCCACGCUUCAUUUUGGUCAUUAUAGAGGCUGUAAUUAUAUUAAUAUUUUGCAUCGAUUAUGUAAAAUAUGACCUAACUGCACCAGUUCCUGCUUCAACUACUGUUUUAGACUAA